AUGCAACUAGAUGGCCACUAUACUAAGACACCACUAGAUGGCCAAUUUACUAAGACUGCACUAGAUGGCCACUAUACUAAGACACCACUAGAUGGCCAUUAUACUAAGAUGCAACUAGAUGGCCACUAUACUAAGACACCAGUAGAUGCCCACUAUACUAAGAUGCAACUAGACGGCCACUAUACUAAGACACCAUUAGAUAUCCACUAUACUAAGAUGCAACUAGAUGGCCACUAUACUAAGACACCAUUAGAUGGCCACUAUACUAAGAUGCAACUAGAUGGCCACUAUACUAAGACACCACUAGAUGGCCAAUUUACUAAGACUGCACUAGAUGGCCACUAUACUAAGACACCACUAGAUGGCCACUUAACUAAGACUGAGCUAGAUGGCCACUUUACUUAG